UGUCCGUGUCCUUGACCGUCACCGUCACCGUCACCGUUACCGUCACCGUCAUCCCCGCUCUUUCACUAACUCGCUCAAAAUCAAUAAAUUACUUAGUAGCAACCACCAACACUCCCUCAUUCAGUCUCUUCAAGUAUUCAUUCAUAAUUCUAAUUAUUAUAUUAUUCCUAAACACUUGAAUGAGAAACAAGAAAUCGUUAGAAUUGAAAUAAUUGUAAUAAUAAUAACAAUGGAAGGUCCUGUCAUCAACGAGUCCACAUUCUCCUCCGCCAACCCUUCCUCUUACUCUCUCUCUGAGAUUUGGCCCGCCACCGCAACCACCUUCACUCCCAUCCACAACCAUAAGAGGAAGGAAUCAUCCCCCUCCUCCUCCACCACCACCGCCACCGCCAAUCACUUGAAUGAUUCGUAUGGCAAUAAGCAUAGGAAACUGGAAGGAUCCUUCCAGGAGGAAAACCGUGCUGGCGAUUCAAAAGCCGAGGUAGGUGCCAGUUUAGUUGCCGGUAACAAGUUAGCUCGGCAAGGUGGUGGUGGCGGCGGCGGCGGCGGCGCUGCUAAGCCUUCUUGUGAGCAACCGCCUAAACAAGACUACAUCCAUGUGAGAGCCAGGAGAGGCCAGGCUACCGAUAGCCACAGUCUCGCUGAGAGAGCCAGGAGAGAAAAGAUUAGUGAGAGGAUGAAAAUUCUUCAAGAUUUAGUCCCUGGAUGUAACAAGGUAAUUGGCAAAGCACUUGUGUUAGAUGAGAUAAUCAAUUACAUACAGUCGCUGCAGCGUCAGGUUGAGUUCCUUUCAAUGAAGCUUGAAGCAGUUAAUUCAAGAUUGAACAUGAAUUCUGUUGUUGAAUGUUUUCCUUCAAAAGACGUUCAGGUUGGUAAUCAGCCAUUUGAUAUUGCCGGAAUGAUAUUCGGAUCACAAGCAACCAGGGGGUAUGCACAGGGAUCACAAUCUGGAUGGCUGCAUAUGCAAUUAGGAGGUGAUUUCGAUAGAGUGGCAUAAUUUAAAGGAGAUUCAUUGGGAAUGAGAGAUCAAAUAGUGUGGUUGGUUUUCCUUUUAUCCAUUUAACAACCCAGUCAAUUGGUGCAGAGUGCCGUAGGUCUGUACGUCCAUUCUCAUAGUAUGAUGUCUUUUGUAGGAAGUGUAUCUAAUCUUCAUGUGCAACAUCUGAUAGGCAACUCAAAUAAUCUUUAAGUGUGUAUUGUUGUCUCAAAUAAUCUGAUGUGAAUGAGAGUAACUUCUCUUCUUAUUUUCUAU